CUGUGGCUGUGUGUGAGAGUGUGUGUGUUGCAGAGUGUGUGUAUGUAUGUGUGAGAGGAGAUUUAAAGGGAGAAAAGACACUGCAGAGGAGGAGAGCAGUGGCUCCUUUUUUUAGGGUUUUAGAGUGUGUUUCCUGACGGAGAGACAGUUCAGGGAAGUUGAUGAUGAUGAUGAUGAUGGUGAUGAUGAAGAUGAUGGGCUUCCCUCAGCCUCCGCGGGCUCAGGUGAGCCCCGGGCUCCAGACCGAGUGCUAGCCAUGUUGCGACAGUCGGAACCGACCUCCAGCACCCUGCAGCUGGUUGCCAAUGAUAUGACGGGCAUCAUGGAGAAGCUGGACACGAGCGAGCUCGACCUGGGAGACGGAGAGUACGACACAACCGACGCCUACGACACAGCCGAGCGUUUACCUUUCACGGCGAUCUACCACACGCUGGGUUUCAAGGAGCCCGAGGCCAAAGUGUUCCUGUCCUCUCCCAUCACGGCCAAGAUCCUGGAGGUGGAGCGCUUCACCAAGAACCAGGACCGCUUCAACGUCACGUCGCAGAGGAGCGUCAACAAGUCGUUACCGGCGGUGUUUAAGAUCGAGUUGAAGCACGGCGAGUUCACAUGGCUGGUGAAGAGGAAGGAGAAACACUUCAUGGAUCUCCACAGAGAGCUGAGGACGUACAAGACCUUCUUGAGGCUGCCGCUGCCGUCUCGCAGUCACACGGUGAAGAGGCAUACGGCGACGAGGAAUGAGAUGAUGCCGAACCUCCCUAGAGGAGGGAGGGAGGAGCUGGGCAGAGAGGAGCAAGUUUCCAGUCGCAGGAAACAACUGGAAGAUUACUUGAACAAGCUGCUAAAGAUGCCGAUGUACAGGAACUACCACGCGACGAUGGAGUUCAUCGAUGUUAGCCAGCUGUCCUUUAUCCACGAUCUGGGACCAAAAGGCUUAGAAGGAAUGGUGCUGAAGAGAUCUGGCGGCCAUCGGAUUCCCGGGUUGAACUGCUGUGGUCGCAGCAAAAUGUGCUACCGCUGGUCCAAACGCUGGCUGGUGGUGAAGGACUCGUUCCUGCUGUACAUGAAGCCCGACUCGGGCGCCAUCUCCUUUGUGAUGCUGUUCGACAAAGAGUUCAGCAUCAAGAUGGACUCCAGCGACACGGAGACCAAGCACGGCGUUCGCAUCGAUAGUCUGUCCAGAUCCCUGGUGCUGAAGUGCAGCAGCUACAGACACGCCCGCUGGUGGGGUCAGUCCAUCGAGCACUUUGUCCAGAAGCACGGCUCAGCCUUCCUCACCGACCACCGCUUCGGAUCCUUUGCCAGAGAGGAAGUGAACAUCCUCGCCAAAUGGUAUGUGAAUGGGAAAUCCUACAUGGAGGACGUAGCCGAUGCUCUUGAAGAAGCCAAAGAGGAAAUAUUCAUCACGGAUUGGUGGUUGAGUCCAGAGAUCUUCCUGAAGAGGCCGGUUGUUGAAGGUAACCGCUGGCGUCUGGACUGCAUACUGAAACGCAAAGCGCAACAAGGAGUGCGGAUUUUUGUGAUGCUGUACAAGGAGGUGGAGUUAGCGCUGGGCAUCAACUCGGGAUACAGCAAGAGGACGCUGCUGAAGCUCCACCCCAACAUCAAGGUGAUGCGUCACCCAAACCACGUCUCCUCCACCGUCUACCUGUGGGCGCAUCACGAGAAGAUCAUCAUCAUCGACCAAUCGGUGGCCUUCGUUGGAGGGAUUGACCUGGCGUACGGACGAUGGGACGACAGGGAACACCGGCUGACGGACAUUGGGAGCGUUACACGCUCACAGUUGGAACAGGCUGAAGCGGCCUCUUCCAACAUGGCUGCCCCCGCCAACAUGGCUGCCCCCGCCAACAUGGCUGCCCCCGCCAACGGCAGCGGUGGCGUUUCCUCAAGAAACGGGAAAGGCAUUUUCACUGUAACGGACUCGGUGGACCAGCCCAGGCUGAAAGGCGUGGGGAGGAUGAGGAAGAGCAGGUUCAGCAUCAGGAGACACCUGCAGAAACAUGGGCUGGCCCACGCUGACAGCGACAGCGACCUGGAGAGCGAACAGAGAAGCGGCUCGAUGCGCAGUCUACAGACGGGGGUCGGGGAGUUGUUUGGAAACACGCGGUUCUGGCACGGAAAAGACUACUGCAACUUCGUAUUCAAGGAUUGGAUUCAGCUGGACAAACCGUUCGAUGACUUCAUAGACAGACACACAACUCCCAGAAUGCCUUGGCACGACAUCGCCUCGGUGGUUCAUGGGAAAGCAGCUCGAGAUGUGGCCAGACACUUCAUCCAGCGCUGGAACUUCACUAAGCUCGUGAAGGCGAAGUACAGUUCUCUGUCGUACCCGUACCUGCUGCCCAAGUCUCACACCACGGCAGGAGAGCAGCGAUACCUAGUCCCCAACUGCGUCCCCACCAAAGUGCAGAUCCUUCGCUCGGCCUGUGACUGGUCCGCUGGCAUCAAAUACCACGAGGAGUCCAUCCACAACGCCUACAUCCACACCAUCCAGAACAGCCAACACUUCAUCUACAUAGAGAAUCAAUUCUUCAUCAGCUGUACAGACAACAAAACCGUUUUCAACAAGAUAGGAGAUGCUAUUGCAGAGCGCAUUAUCAGGGCAUAUAGGGAGGGUAAAAGGUACCGAGUGUACGUGGUGACGCCGCUGCUGCCGGGCUUCGAGGGAGACAUCAGCACCGGAGGGGGCAGCGCCCUCCAGGCCAUCAUGCACUUCAACUACAGGACCAUGAACAGAGGAGAACACUCCAUCAUCUCGCAGCUCCGGAGAGAGAUGGACGACCAGUGGAUCAACUACAUCUCCUUCGCCGGUCUGAGGACUCACGCCGAGCUGGAGGGGAAGUUGGUCACCGAGCUCAUCUACGUCCACAGCAAGAUGCUCAUCGCCGACGACAACACCGUCAUCAUCGGUUCUGCCAACAUCAACGACCGGAGCAUGCUGGGAAAGAGAGACAGCGAGGUGGCCGUGAUCGUGGAGGACUCGGAGACGGUUGCCGCGGUAAUGGACGGCCAGGAGUACCAAGCUGGAAGAUACGCUCUGCAGCUCCGCCUAGAGUGCUUCAAGAUGAUUUUGGGAGCUCACACCGAUCCCUCCAUCGACGUGUCGGAUCCCGUCAGUGACCAGUUCUACAAGGAGGUCUGGAUGGCCACCUGCGCUCGCAACGCCUCCAUUUACCAGAAGGUUUUCCGUGUUCUUCCGUCCAGCGACGUGCGAAACAUCGUGGAGCUAGAGGGCUACGUGGCCAAGCCGGGCCUGGACCGGGAGGACCCGGCCAAGGCUCAAGAAGAGCUGAAGAAGAUCCGCGGCUUCGCGGUCCAGUUCCCUCUCCAGUUCCUGUGCGAGCAGAACCUGCUCCCCCCCAUCGGCUCCAAGGAGGCCAUGGUGCCCAUGGAGACCUGGACCUGAGACGGAGAGACCCACCAUGUGUGUUCAUGUGUUGGUGUGUUCACGCGCAGCUUAUGGAAGACUGACGGACUGAUCGUGCCCACUCUGGUGCCAGUUUGGAGGUCGUAUUGGCUGAGCAGCCUAUUUUGAAAACCUGCCACUGUUUCAAGCUUUUUAUUUAUUUACUCCUUUUACAAGUUUUUUUUUUUUUUUUUGGUUACAAAACCGACUAACAACAGUUUGUUGGCGAGCCUCCCAGGCUUCAGAUCAUAUUUGCUUCUCAAAUGUGAUUUGAAAGCUGAAGGAAAUAAGCUGAAUGAUAAUUCUAACUAGUGCAGUAAAUAUCUUGAUCUUGGCGCAGGCCGGCCGUGCAUCUUCCCACAGAAACAUCCUCCGUCUGAACUACCUUUUAGAGUUUAAAGGACAGCUCGAGAGUUUCUUUACAGUAUACAGUUUUGGUUAUAAGAUGCAAAUGUCUGACCUACUUAUGCCGAAUUGCCUCUGCAUGGUUCUCACUUUUGGUACCGGUAGUUUUCUCUAUUUCGUGUAGUUUUCUCUAUUCCCCCCGUACUGGGUGGGAUUCUUUUUAUUUUUGGGGCAUUUCUGCCUUCAUUGGAUUUUUUUUUUUCAUUUUAUUGGAUAGGAAAGCGAGAGAGAUGGAGAAGACGUGCAGGAAAACCGCCACCUUCUGCAUCGAGGAAUAAACCUAUGCACAUGUGCGCCUGCUCUACCAACUGAGCUAACCGGCCACAAGUAGGCGGGCUUCUUAACUGAUCGCCAUAGCGUCAGAGAGUGAAACUGUCACAGCACUUAAACGCGACGCUCUCUGAAAAUCCUGUCAUCAGCAAACGAGGGGCGUUCAACAAUGGUACGCCGUAGUUUUGCAGGCUGCCAUUAUUUCAGAUAUUAUAGUAUAGUAUUGACGGUCGCUUGGCUAUUUAGAAAUGUCUGUUCGCGCAAGAUGUCCCGUGAAGUGGGAAUUCUCUCGGACCAAUCAGUGGUCAGCAGGGUUUUAACUCCACUUUCUAGUAUCGACUCGGCUCACUUCAAAAAAGCGCUGGAACUGCCAAUUAUUUUCACGGUCGAUUGAUCUGUUGAUUAUUUUCUGGAUGACUGGAUUAGUUUUUUGGUCUCUAAAAAAUGUCAGAAAACGGUGAAAAAUUUGGAUCAGUGUUUCCCAAAAAGUCCUCCAAUG